AUGGAGGGACUGUUUUUCAACGUCAACAACGGUUACGUGGAGGGCAUUGUCCGUGGCUAUCGCAACAGCCUCCUCACCAGCUCGGCUUACAACAACCUCAUCCAAUGCGAAACCAUCGAUGACCUGAAGCUCCAACUGGGGCCUGCAUACGGCGACUUCCUCGCGUCGCUCCCCCCAAACCCAUCAACAUCCAGCCUGGCCGCAAAGACCACCGACAAACUCAUCUCAGAAUUCCGUUAUGUCCGUUCCAACGCUGUCGGAUCCCUGGCCACUUUCAUGGACUACCUCACCUACGGCUAUAUGAUUGACAACGUCGCUCUUCUCAUUACUGGUACCCUUCACGAGCGAGACACCCGCGAGCUCCUCGAGCGAUGCCAUCCUCUUGGUUGGUUUGAGACGAUGCCAGUCCUCUGUGUCGCUACCAACAUCGAAGAGCUUUAUAACAGCGUUCUGGUCGAGACACCCCUGGCGCAGUACUUCAAGGGCAGCCUUAGCCACCAAGAUCUCGAUGAGCUGAACAUUGAAAUUGUCCGAAACACGCUCUACAAGAACUACCUGGAGGACUUUUACAACUUCGUCAACACACACCCCGACAUGGCCGGAACCCCGACCGCUGAUGUCAUGACCGAGAUCCUCGAAUUUGAAGCUGACCGCCGCGCCAUCAACAUCACUCUGAACUCCUUUGGUACUGAACUAACCAAGGGUGACCGAAACAAGCUGUACCCCACCUUUGGUAGGCUGUAUCCUGAGGGAACCCUGAUGCUCUCACGGGCAGAUGAUGCGGAAGGUGUGCGCCUUGCCGUAGAUGGUGUUCAUGAUUACAAGUCCUUCUUCGACACCGUGUCGAUCGGAGGUGGCGCAUCCGGACCCGGAAACAUGGGCGGUGGUUCUGCCGAUGGCAAGUCUCUCGAGGAUCUUUUCUACCAAAAGGAGAUGGAGAUCUCCAAGGGCGCCUUCACAAGGCAAUUCACCUACGCCAUCGUCUAUGCCUGGGUGAAACUGAGAGAACAGGAAAUUCGAAACAUCACCUGGAUUGCUGAGUGCAUUGCUCAGAAUCAAAAGGAGCGCAUUGGAAACUUUAUUAGCGUGUUUUCUUAG